AUGAAACCAUCAACACAUUUCUCAGAAAAAUCAUCUGCCAUCAUGUCUUCUUCGGGCAUCAACGACGGCGAGAAAAUGGUGAGACUUAGAGCCAACGACGGCGAGGAGUUUGUGGUAGCGAAAUCCGUGGCGGUGUUGUCACAAACAGUCAAGUUCGUGGUGGAGGAUGCUGGUUUAGGUGAAGACUCUGUCAUCCCAUUACUCAAAGUGGACGGAAGGACGCUCGCGAAGAUUCUUGAGUAUUGCAAAGUGCACUCCGCUGCUGACAAAACUAAUCCCGAGAAGAAAGAGUUUGACAAGAAGUUCGCGGAGGUGGACCAGGCAGAGCUUUACGAUCUUCACACGACGGCAAACUAUCUGGUGAUAAGCGAGUUGAUGGAGAUACUGGUCCAGAGAUUUGUGGCCAUGAUCAAAGGCAAAACCGUCGAGGACAUCAGAAAGGUUUUCAAUAUUAAGAACGACUUCACGCCAGAGGAACAGGAGGAGAUCAGAAGGGAGAAUGCUUGGGCGUAUUGA